GGGAUGAAUUUGCUGAAGAUUUGUGAAAAGGAAUGGUCCAAGAUUUGCCUUGAUGCUUGUGCACCUGCAUUAGCAGAGAAACUAGGAUGGCCCGUGCCAUCCCAGUCAGUCCUGGGGCCCAUUUCUCCUUAUUAUAUUAAGCGUUAUGGGUUUAGCCCGGACUGUAAAAUAGUAGCAUUUACAGGAGACAAUCCAGCAUCACUGGCAGGGAUGAGACUUCAGGAAGGCGAUAUUGCAAUUAGCCUUGGCACAAGUGACACAUUGUUUCUUUGGAUCCAAAAACCAACUCCUGCCUUAGAAGGUCAUAUCCUCUGCAGCCCCGUUGACUCUCAAGCAUAUAUGGCACUUUUAUGUUUUAAGAACGGGUCUCUGAUGAGAGAGAGGAUCAGAGAUGACUGUGCUGCAGGCUCCUGGGAUGAAUUCUCCAAAGCCCUAACGUCUACUGUUGCUGGAAACAAUGGAAAUUUGGGUUUCUACUUUGAUGUGAUGGAAAUUACUCCUGAAGCUGUUGGGAUUCACAGAUUCAACAGAGACAACCAAAAGGUUUCAAACUUCCCAAAGGAGGUGGAGAUACGAGCAUUGAUCGAAGGGCAGUUCAUGGCCAAGAGGAUUCAUGCUGAAAAGCUGGGAUAUAAAGUCAGUAAGUGUGAUGGAAAAGCUGCAGAUCUAUUGGCACUAGAGAUCAAGCAGAAAGAUAGGAGUCUGGAAAGGCGUGUUG